UUAUGCUUUUGAAAAGUCCAGAGGUAUAUCGAACAAUCAUGAAGAUGUCACAGAGCUCAACCAACGUGAUUGUUUGGGAGUGGAUGAAUGAAUUUGGACGGUGGAGACCGUAUGAACCUAACGUUACACAAUACAUAGAAAAUGCUUAUCAAAAUAAUUCCAACCAAGUAAACCUGAGUGCAGCCGACAGCUCCUUAUCUUCAUACGCCAUCGAUUUUGUCACCACUUGCCAGAUACGACUUGGGACAGGAACAGCAAGACCCAUUAGAAGGAGCACAUACCCUCCAUCAAGCCUACCAGGAAAAGGCAUUGUUUGGCAGUGGGAGGGGGAUGUUAGGGGUCAGUGGCACAUAUAUGACAUGGAGGUUGGGUGCUUGAUAGAAGAUUACUAUUCACAGACUCCCAGAACUAAUAUAUUUGAUCUGUCAAAAUCAGCUUUAAAACUUCCGUAUCACAUAGAUUUUAGCAAAAUGAUUCAAAUUAGAAUUGAAACUGGACGUGUUAGAAAAGUUCGCAGAGCAACCACAAAGCUAGCUUACCCGUCAGGAAAUGGAACGAACUCACCACCUCAACAUUCCUCAGUUUCCAUGGUUUCCACUGCGAGUACAAGCAGUAAUGGUGCUUCAAAUUCCUCUUCUAAAAGUCCAACGAAAAGUUCAGGGACAAGCCCAAGUCCUACCAAAAAAUUUAAAUCUGGACACACAAACUCUCAGACUGCCACAGCACCAAAUCCUAUUGGUGCCGCCACGUCUAACAACUUAUCUUACUUUAAUCCUAGUGCAGUAUAUACCACAGCUAGUCAAAAUUUCAAUCAUGUGACUCCUAAUUUUGGAAACACUUCAUCUAGUCAGAAUUCUAAUCAAGUGAACUUAGCAUAUGGAAGGCGACUUACAAGGAGUUUUGUCAAUGCUAAUUCAAUGCCUCAAAGCAUGGCCAAUCAAAUGCCUCAAAACAUGACCAAUCAAAAUGUUAGUCAUAUGGGUCAAGGAAAUAGCAACAUAGGACAAAAUAACAAUACAUUUCCAAACUUUACACCCAAUAUGACAAUGAACCCAUCAAGUCAGUAUCAAAAUAUGCCACAAAUGGGCAUGGCUGGAAAUAUGAACAAUAACAUUGGUAACAUGCAACCAUCAAAUUUUCCAAUGGGACCAUCAAAUGCUGUGGGUCAGGCAUUUUAUGGAGGACAAGCUAUGUCAGCACAGUAUGGAAUGUUCCCAGUGCAUCAUGGGUUACCUGGUGGAAGCAUUGUAAAUAUGGCUCGUAGUGGCCAUCCUGCAGCAUCUAGUGGAAUGACUUAUCCAUCAGGUUCCAGUACUGCAGUAAGAUCUGGUACUCAACAUUUAGACAUACCAGAAGAAGCUAAAAUACCAAACAUUAAUUCCAGGCAAAGUAAAAAACAAGGUAAAACAUCAGAUACAGAGAUAUUUGAACAGUUUACAGAAGUUAUUCAACAUCCUCCUGCUGACGAGGACUGUUGUAUAUGUUGUGAAAAAUUGAGUCAUGCCUCAGGAUACGGAGAGGGUCAGAUGGAAAAUCAUGUUGUUUAUCAACUUAAUAAAUGUAGUCACAUGUUCCAUAAGUUGUGUUUAAUAGCCAUGUAUGACAGUGGGUCUAAGAAUGGUAGUAUGCAGUGCCCAGCAUGUAAGACAAUAUAUGGAGAAAAACAUGGAAAUUGUCCAAAGGGUGUGAUGGAGUACUGUAUAAUGUCCCAGGCAUUACAGGGGUUCCCAGACAGUCAGACGAUCAGAAUAUUGUAUCAUAUAUCCCCUGGGGUACAGACACAGGAACACCCACAUCCUGGCAAAAGAUUUACUUGUAGGGGAUUCCCCAGAGUGUGUUUCUUACCUGAUAAUGAUGAAGGAAGAAAGAUAUUAAAGUUACUGAUAGUUGCAUGGAAGAGGAGAUUAACAUUUACAAUCGGACAUUCUACAACCACAGGAGAGACCGAUACAGUCACAUGGAAUGAAAUACAUCACAAAACAGAAUUUGGAUCAAAUAUUUCUGGUCAUGGUUUCCCAGACGAGAAGUACUUUGAUAACGUACUACAGGAAUUAUCAGUACAAGGGGUAACAGAAAAGGAUAUAUGAUUUGAUUGUUCAUAUUCAUGCAAUGUAUUUGUGAAAUGUGAUUACAUCAAAAUGAAAUAUUUUUGUUUUUUAUGUUAGUUAUCAGGCCCGUAGCCAGGAAUUUCCAAAGGGGGGUUCGUUGGACUCACAAACUCGACUUUAACAGUCACAAUUCGACCAGAAAGUUGACUUUAACAGUGCUUAUUUGUUUUCAUGGGGGGGUUCGUCCGAACCCCCCGAACCCCCCCUGGCUACGGGUAUGGUUAUACACUGAGUAAGAUGAGAUCUUAGAGGACAUGAUAUCAAAUCUCAUUGUCAACAUAAUGUAAAAUAUUAAAUUGUAUUAAUUUUAUGUUAAGUAGCUUGACAAUAAAUUAUGUUUCAUCAUGUAUAAUAACCCAUUUGAUCAUAUGCUACUCUUGUGGUCAUUAGGUUAUCCAUUUGAUCAUGUGAUACACAUUUGUUCAUAUAUUACCCUUUUGAUCCUGCAUUAUCCAUUUGGUCAUGUUAUACCACCUUGAUCCUGUAUUACCAUUUUGAUCAUGGGAUACCUAUGUAUUACCAGUUGAUCCUUGGUUGUCCAUUUGAACCUGUGAUACCUAUUGAAUUGUGUGAUUAUUAUUUGAACAUUGAUAACCAAUAGAAUUGUUCCAUUUGAUGAUAGGAAAUAAAUAAAUCAUUUAAAAGGAUUUUUUUUUUGAAAGUAUUAAAACUAGAAGUUAUACCCUACAGCUACACAAAAUAAGAACUUAAACAAUAGAUUGGCUAUAUAACAUGUAUAUCUUUUCAAACAAACAUUUAAUUAUCCUUUUCUAAAAGUCACACAAGGCAGAUGAAGGGUUCCCAAGGUUACCUUUUUCUGGCUUUUUAAUAGCUGGUCUCUUGAUUCAAUUUAGGGCAGUUCUGGAACUACCAUGGUAACAUGUUAAAUAUUUAAAAGUACAAAAUUUAUUCUUAAAGUACACUUGAUAAAGUUUUUGUCUUUUCUGUGUGAUGAAUGUUGCAGAAUACCAGACUUUAAUAUUCUUAUAUAUGGCAGCUGCAACAGUGUAAGCUCUAGCUUAUUGUUUAGAGGCUGCAUGUUUCAGAAACAGCUGGAUAAUUCAUAUUUGGUGUAGAUAUACUUUUGGUGUAAAGUUUUUGUUUGAUAUGUGUCAUGAUUCAAUGGUCACUAAAAACUAUACUAUUUUUAAUGGCUGUUCCAACAUCGAUCAUGGUGAGGGUAUUGAAGGUUCUCAAAUUUAUUGUAUUUAUUGUGGGUUGUUGCAUUUUCCUUACAGAUAUUAUAGAAUUAAAUGUAAAAGAAAAUUUUAUAUAUGAGUGGUUGUAGCCUCUAAAAUGCAUUUAAUUUUGAAACAGCCCUAAUAAGGUGUAUAUGACUGUACCCUCGUUUUCAACUUCAAUAUCAAGGAUCAUUGAUAACUUUCAGUUUAUGUGAUAUCUUUAAGAAAUUGAUCUAAAUGACUUAAACAUGAAAUAAGUUAAAUUAAUCAUCAUUAGUUAAGCAGGCAAAACAUUUUAGCUUUGCAUUCUUGUUAUGAUGAAUAAAUUAUAUAAUGCAAUGGAUAUCACAUUAAUUAUUAAAAAAAGAUACCUUUGAUAUUUUAAAUUAGAAACAAGAGGCAAACUAGUGCAUUAGAUAAACAACAAAACUUAAGGAAGUUCCUAAGAUUUAUAAACAUAAAAGUUACUUUCAAUCAUAUACUAUUUAAAUUUUAUUGAUAAAUGAUCUUAAUCAUGGUUGUACAAGAACAACUUAAGUAAAUGUUUAAAAUCUUCUUCAAGGGUAGCUGUAGGGAAAUUCAGUUUUGCAUCAAUCAGAAAUGUGAUUUUAACAUGAAUGAACUAACUUUAUCUAUGUGUAACUUCAAAUGAUUAAAUCUAGAUUUUCUCUUGAAAGAUUUAUGCCUGUAUUUUCUUACUUUGCUGACUGUCAUUUAUAUUUGAUUUAUUUUUUGUUAUUGGUAAACAUGGAUUGUUCUUUCUUUAUUAUGCCUGCAUGAUAUAUUUUCAUCUGAUCUACUGUAU